UCUCUGUCUAUUGGUUCAGGUAGACAUCACUCAGAGAAUACUCUGGGUCUCCCUACCUAUGGUUACCGCCCUUGGGCUGAGUGAGAAAUCAAGCACUGAAGACAGCGCAUUCAGUGGGAAGACGGGCGUAACUUGGAGAUUUCUUAGUUAGGUCCCAUUAGCCUCAGGUAGCCUCUUCCUGUUCUGGAGCAGGGAACAUUGUGGCUGUGGUCUGCUGUUCCGUGUUGCUUAGCAAGUUAUAGCCGGCACCAUGGCGCUGUCGUUCAAGAAGGACCUGGAAAAGUACAAGGAUCUCGACGAAGAUGAAAUCCUCAACAAGCUGACUGCGGAGGAGCUCAAACAGCUGGAGACAGCCCUGGAGGAGAUAGACCCUGAGAAUGCUCUUCUCCCAGCGGGCUUACGUCAGAAGGACCAUACAACUAAGACAGCAACAGGAACAUUCAACAGGGAAAGCCUUCUCAAAUACCUGGAGAAGGAAGCCAUGGAGUACAAGGAUAGAGAGGAUGUAGUGCCCUUCACUGGGGAAAGAAAAGGUAAAGCAUUUGUUCCUAAGCAGAAGCCAAUGGAAACCCGCCAGGAGGAAGUCACAACCCUCGAUCCAGAAUUAGAGGAAGCCCUGUCGAGUGCCACAGAUACAGAACUGUGUGAUCUAGCAGCGAUCCUGGGUGUUCACACGCUGGUCACCAGUAGUCAGACAUAUGAUGGGACUGCAUCCAAAGAGGGUUACAACAAUGUGAUCAAAGGGGAGAAGAUGAACCCAGUGUUUGAUGAGCCUCCCAAUCCCACUAAUGUAGAAGAAACUCUGCAGAGGAUAAAAAGCAAUGACAGCUCCUUAACAGAGGUCAACCUUAACAACAUUAAGAACAUUCCAAUUCCCACACUGAAAGACUUUGCCAAAGCCAUGGAGAAGAACACGACCGUCAAGAAGUUCAGCCUGGCAGCAACACGGAGUAACGACCCUAUUGCUGUGGCGUUCAGUGACAUGCUGCGAGAGAACAAGACGUUGCGAGCUUUGAACUUGGAGUCCAACUUCAUCACCGGGGCAGGGGUGCAGGCUUUGGUUGAUGCGUUGCGAGACAACGACACCCUCACAGAAAUCAAGAUAGACAACCAGAGGCAGCAGCUGGGUACUACUGUAGAGAUGGAGAUAGCUAAGAUGUUGGAAGAGAACAACAACAUAGUGAAGUUUGGCUACCACUUCACCCAGCAAGGACCUCGCUCCAGAGCUGCUGCAGCUAUCACCAAGAACAAUGAUCUGGUACGCAAGAAGCGAGUGGAAGGGGACCUGUAGGGACGAAGCCCAACCUGUCUCCCAGCCAAUCCUAUUUCAUCUCACCACGUGGAAUAAUUUCAGCCAAUGCCCUGGUCUCAUCUCACUGUGUGGAAACUUUAGUCUUGUGCCAAACUGCGGGGCAAGGCGCGCUCAACCAGAACAUACAUCUGAGAAGAAGGGAAAUAACUGGAAUUGCCCUCUCCCAUUUACAUGUUCAUACUUAUGGUUAUUAUUAUGUUGUUAUUGAAGGUGUAAAUCUGAUUUGUUUUUAGACUUUUGAUUUCAGCUGC